ACAACUACAGUCAACGCAACGCAACUGCAGGCAAUCUUUCACCCAUUUUGUUCGCUCAGCUACCAACAGCAGCUACCCCGCUACCCCACUACACUACGUACCUUCGGUCGAUCGCCCGCAAUGUCUGAUCCUGUCACCUACAACUUCUACGGUGCAACCAUUCCCGUACUGCGCAGCAUCCAUAACUCAGUAAUCAAGUCGCUUCGUACCGCCAAGGAUGAGCAAGCAAAGGGUGACCGUCCCUCUGACGAGGAAGUUCUCAACUCGGCCUUCGGCGACAUGCUACCGUUCCGCGUGCAGCCCAUACUCACGGUCAAAUUCUCGCUGGCGGCUCUCAAGUACUUGGAAUUGUCCAAGGUCGAGCACCCUGCUCUGAGGUCUGAUUGGAAGUCUUUUGAUGAGAUCAUCGAGUUCUUCGAGGCCGCCAAUAAGGUGCUUGAUGGCGUUGAUGAGAAGACGUUCAACGACGCUGCUGAGAAGAGUCUCGAGGUUUCUGUCAGCCCCGCAGCGCCCGUUCUACAGAUAACUGGCUUCGCCGAUCAUGUCCACACCUUUGUUAUCCCCAACUCAUAUUUCCACCUCAACGCUAUGUACAUGCUGUUGAGAAACGCUGGAUUCAAGCUGGGUAAAGGCAUCUUCCUUGAUGCUUUCAUGAGCGAGCAACAGAAGAAGGACUGGGCACCUUUGAAGGGUUAGAUGAUUGCCAUGAGCAGAAAAAAUCUAGGAGCAAGUACAAAUGCAAUGAGACAUGUUUGCUAAGCCCUGGCACAAAGAUCUCGAAGGUUUCUUAUGUAUACGCAUGGUGAUAUGUACACAAACCAGCUUAACGUAAGCGCACACAAGACAAUUGGAGGCUCUUGCAUCUCGUGCUCGGGGAGGGUCAGCGACCUUAUGCUUCCAAGUAAACGCGAGGUGUCGACGGUAACAAGACUGCUGGAGGAUUGUCAGCAACAGAAGCCUUUCCAUUCGCUGAACCUAAUGCCAAGGUUCCAAGCAUGCGAAGCUUUCACAGAUGUUCGAAAUAAGCACAAUCAGCUCAAAGGCCCUCAUACGUGGUUAAAGUUCGCGAGCAAUGGCUAUGUACUACUGUAAGUAAUUUUCUGGCCCACUGAUGCAACCGUGAUUAUGUUGCGACCCUAGCAAGGAGUCCGCCAAGAUGCCC